CACCAGUAGCUGCUCAAAUCAACUGUCCUGAGAACCACAGAGUGACCGUGAUGUUGUUUCAUCUUCUCUUCAUUUCAUUGAUUUGCUCAGGGCUGUCAGUGGAGAGCUAUGGAAAAGACUUCAUCACGGCAUUCCCAGAAAACAUCGCCUACUACCAUCCACAGGAGUCCUCCAACACGCUCCAAAUAACUGCUUUCUACAGCGACACCUCCGUCUCAAUCACCAUCAACUACAUAAACGUAUAUAAUGAAAAACUACAAUCUGGGCAGACUAAAAUCGUGCAUUUUCCCAAAUACAUCGAACAAUAUCAGUAUACAAACUCCACACUUUUUGUCCGAGUUACCAGCACUGAAAAGAUAGUGGUGCUUUGGCUCAGUCAGCGUGGGGAUAGCGUGCAGUCCAACGUCGUUCAACCUGUAAAUAAUCUCGGAAAGUGGUAUAAAAUCCCAUUUAUUAAUUACAAUCAGAUGAUGGCAUCCUUGUACAAUAUGUCAGAUCAGUUAGCUCCAGACUACUGGAGAUACAGCUCGUUCAGGCUAAUCAUUAUCAACGCCAUAAAAGCUGUGAGCUUAAUUACCAUCCAAAGUUUCAGCACUGACGGUCGAAAAGAUUUUAACAUUACCCUCAGGCCUUACGAACUUCACCAGUUCCAAACUAACGGUUCGGAGAUUCAUUUGCACUCUAAUGGCACCGUGGCUGUGCUGUUAACCCACCCGUGUGUGGAAACUAUCGGAUGUGAUUGCAAUAUGGUGGUGAGCCACAUUCUCCCUCGAGGUCUGUGGGGUGAGACGUUUGUUGUGCCGUCGGUGAAGAACCUGAGUACAGCUUGGCUGCAAGUGUCUACCACAACUAACGUAAUGCACAAAGGCAGGAAUAUAAAAACUCAGAUUUACAAUUCGUCAGAGCUAAUUCCCUUACUGGACCUCAAAAGUGCUUCUCAGUUCAUCAGUGCAGCUAAUGAUGUGUCUAUCAGACUUAUCAGUCCAGGCCUCGUCAUAGAACUCAUGCCGGAAAACAUGUUCGCCGCUUGUUUUUUUGUUCAGAUGAACUCGACAGAAGGUGAAGCUGUUAUCAUAGCUGAAGCCAGUAAGAAAAUUGUGUAUAUAGACACCAAUUUGCUUUCAUCCACUGACUGGAAACCCAUUCCCAAUUCAAACUACUCUUCAAUAUCCGUGUCGCUCAGUGGAACGCAUGUCAUCUGGCAUCCAACCUCCAAGAUUGGAGUCUACAUGUUUGAGAAGAUGAAGAGUGGAAUUCCUUACGGAAGCCCAGCUAUCAUUUUAAAUGAAAAACCAGAUCGUGAUGGCUGUGUGGCAGAUUCUUCAUAUUAUAAAACCAAUACUACUGUCAUGACAUGGCCCGAGUCCCAUCAUUACUGCUUAAAUAUGUCUUACCAGCUGAUCACACCAAGCAGCGAAAAGGCCCAGAAUGAGAUGACCAACUUUCUGCAAAGCAACACAGUUCCCGGGUACCUCUGGAUCGGUCUACGACGCAGUCGGCUCACAUCAGAGUGGUCCUGGCAGAUAAGCAAUGACAGCGAAUACAGCGUGAACUACACAAAGUGGGCCGUUGGGCAUCCAAAUAAGCCCUGGAAAGCUUUGUGCGCUUCUGUGUCCCAAGACGCUAACCAGGAGUUUUCCUGGAAGAGUGUGCCCUGCUGCGCAAAGCUGAGGCCCUUCUGCUACAAAGAGGCCAAAUACUUUAAUCAUAUAACCUUUGAUACACUAUAUGAUCAUUUUAGCAUGAUCGUUUAA